AUGAGCCUUUUCGGCGACUUAGAGGAUCCCUGGCGGUCUGAACAGAUCUCGGGUCCACCAGCUGCCCAAAAUGAGUGGGCAAGCCUAAGUGCUGAUCCAUUGACGUCGUCCGGUAUCCUGCAGGGAGAUGCCCGGACAUCGAGCAAUGGAGCCUUGCUACGAGGCAGUCACAACGAAUCGAUUGGCCCAAGUGUGCAACUAGAUACAUCUAGUUUGAUUAUGGGACAGCAGACUGGUACCACACCUGCUAAUUGGGGCGACUCUCUGGGUGAUGUUAACAAUCAGGUCUCUAGGGGUCUCUCGAAAGGUGACAUGCUGACAGAAACUCCCUUUGCAGAAUCUACCAGUCGAUCUACUCAACCAAAUACAAAAGAAGACUACGAAAUCUGGCUGUCUGAGGUAAGAAAGGCGUAUAAUCCUCUGUCUGCCGAUAUAAUCAUGGUUGAAGAGAUUCCCGAAAGAGAGGGGCUUUUAUUCAAACACACCAACUAUCUGGUGAGGCAUUUAGUUGAGCUCCCCAACACAGAGCCUACAAGUGACAAAAGUGUGGUAAGAAGAUACUCGGAUUUUGUAUGGUUGCAAGAGGUUUUGCUGAAAAAAUAUCCAUUUCGGAUGAUUCCAGACCUACCACCCAAGAAAAUAGGGUCUCACAAUGCAGAUUCGGUAUUUCUUAUUAAGAGACUCAAUGGCUUAUCAAGAUUUAUAAAUCUUGUUGUAAAACAUCCUGUUCUCAAGACAGACGACUUGGUUUUAACAUUUCUCACUGUUCCAACAGAUUUGCUGGGCUGGAGAAAGAAUGCGAGCUACGAUACUACCGAUGAAUUUACUGACAAAAAGAUAGGAAUCCCCUUCAUAAAGAUGUGGCACAAAGAAUUGGCAGACCGCUGGAAUGAGGCAGACUCCUCCAUCGAUACGCUGCUUGACCUCUGGGCAAAAAUCACGAUUUUAGUUGAGAGGUAUGAAAAGAGAAUGAAAUUCAUUAGCCAAGACAGAGCACUGCUUGCAUCUAUGCUUGACGACUUUGCCAAGAAUACUCCGCGCAUAUAUUCUUCCGAGACGAGCACUACUGUCCACGAGAUUAAUGAUCAUUUGGGCAUGGUCUCCAAGCAUCUAAAUUCCUGUAACAAUCUGACACUUUUUGAAAGUCAGGAAAUGAGCAAGGAGUUAUCGCCACGCUUCAGGACCUUCAUAGAUAUUGUUUUGGCACUGAAGGGGCUCUUCGAAAGAUACAAAAUUAUGGCUGGAAAUAACGUACCGCAGCUUCAAAGACGUAUAGAGCUCAGCACUGAGCGCAUGGAGCUAAUGAAGGACAAACCUGAUUUGAGAGGUGCAGAAUAUGACAAGGUCAAGCAAAGCAUCCAAAGAGACCGUAGAAGUAUUGCCCAGCAAAUGAACAAGAGCUGGCUAGUUAGAGAAUGCAUCCUGGAAGAGUAUGUUCACUUCCAAGAAACUCAGUUUCUGAUUACAGACAACUUUCAACGUUGGGCCAAGCUCAAUAUGAACUACAUGGAACUUAACUCUAACGAGUGGGAAAAGCUACUGGAUUCUAUUCAAUCGAUGCCGACGUCGAGAUAA